UAUCCCGAAAUGCUUUCUAUUUUCAAGCAUGCUGGACGAUCUUUUGGAAAGAAGAAACCAAGGAGGUUAGAUGAUAAAGAAUAUCAUGCGGCUCGUACAUAUGUUUUGUUGAAUUGUGAUGAAGUGAAACCAUAUAUAAGAAUUUAUGAAGAUACCUUGAGAGAAAUUCAACCAAAUAUUCAAAAUAGCGAGAUUGAUGCUAAACUUGAAACAGAGUUUGCAACUUGGUUUGAGAAAUACGCACAUGAUCCUUCAUCGGGCAUUAGCAAUCAAAUCAUAAAAGAUCUUGCAGAAGGGCCGUUAUAUAAGGUUAAGUCUUUUAAUGGAUAUGUUGUAAAUGGUUAUAAGUUUCACACUGAAAGAUAUGGUUCAAGGAGAUCUACCAUGAACAGUGGUGUAUGCAUCAAGAGCUCUAGCCACAGUGCAGAUGAUAUUGAUUAUUACGGUCGGUUGACAAAGAUUUUACAGUUAGAGUAUCCUGCAUUACCAAUCAAAUGAACCGUGUUAUUUAAAUGUUCUUGGUUUGAUCCAACACCAAAACAUGGUACUCGAGUACAUGCACAAUAUAAUCUUGUUGAUGUUAACAAAAGAAGGACCUUUAAUAAAUAUGAACCAUUUAUUAUGGCAGUGCAAACUACUCAGGUGUAUCUUGAAACUUACCCUACUCUAAAGAGGACAACAGAUGAAUGGUUAGCUGUUUGUAAUAUAAAGGCACGAUCUGUUGUGGAGAUUUCAAAAAAAGCAGAACAACUUAUUGAUUCAGCUUUUCAAGAGGAUGACAUUCAAGUGCAUGCAAUUGAUAUUUCUGUAGAUGAAACUCCCCAUGCAUUGAAUGAUCCUGAUGGUUUGCUCAUUGACAUGGAGGAGGA